AUGACACCUGAACGAGGCGAAGGAGCCUCGAGAGUAGCUCUGUCAACCAUUACGUCCAAGGACCUCUGGCAGAGGAGUGGCCGUCUCACACAACUAGAGGCUGAGCUCUUCGGCUUCGAGGACCGCAAAGGGUCCAAAUACAUGUUGUCGCCCACCCACGAAGAAGAGAUUACUGCUCUAGUGGCGAAGACUGUCAAGUCCUACAAAGAAUUGCCCCUCCGCCUCUACCAAAUCAGUGAGCCCAACAACUUCAUAAGCCUCGUCAGCAGCCAAUAA